AUGGGCGUCUUAUAUGCAGCCGACCGAGACCUUAUAUUCUAUGUUCACCAUGCCAACGUUGAUAGAAUGUGGUACAUUUAUGACAAUGUUUUGAAACGCAAAAAUAUUGAAGACCCAGAUUGGUUAAGGUUAAAUUCCUCUUUUAUUUUCUUGAACGAGACGACGAGACCCAUUAGAGUGACGGUUAAAGAUUCCACAAAUCUGGCCAAGCUUGGAUAUACCUAUCCUGACUUGCCACUUUCUUGGUUAGAUUGUAAGCCAAAAGCGGAUAGAAAGGGCCUGAACCUGACAAAGGUGUCCGUACCUAAGGCUAGUGAAGUGCUGCCAAUAAAAUUAGAGAAACCCAUUAGCUUCGUGGUUGAGCAGCCUAAGAAGUCAAGGGGUGGACAAGAGAAAGCAGAGGCAGAAGAGGUGCUGAAGAUUAAGGGAAUCGAAUUUGAUAAAGGAGAAACUGUGGUGUUCGAUGUGUUUGUGAACGAAGACCAUACGAGUAAGUGUAAUCCGUGCAAGGCUAAGUCUCUAGGAAGCUUCCACAUCUUGGCCCAUGGACAUGGCAAGAAAUCUACCACUUCCCGUAGUUUUACGAUUUCAGGGGUGUUGGAGGAAUUGGAAGCUGAUGAUUUUGACAGCAUUUUGGUCACUUUGGUCCCCAGAAGAGGUGUUGUGACCAUAGGUGGUAUCGAAAUUACCUUUGUUCCUAAACCUUAA